UUAUCUCGGAAACCCUAGUCCUAUAAAAGUUAUCCUUUUCCUUUCAAACUCUAGUUCCUGAAUCCCACACGAAAUCGCCGACGAUGCAGAUCUUCGUGAAAACCCUAACGGGUAAGACGAUCACGUUGGAGGUAGAGUCCUCUGACACGAUCGACAAUGUGAAAGCAAAGAUCCAGGACAAGGAGGGCAUCCCACCAGACCAACAACGUCUCAUCUUCGCCGGAAAGCAGCUCGAGGACGGCAGAACCCUAGCCGACUACAACAUCCAGAAGGAGUCAACUCUUCACCUUGUCCUCCGCCUCCGUGGUGGCGCAAAGAAGCGUAAGAAGAAGACCUACACCAAGCCAAAGAAGAUCAAGCACAAGCACAAGAAGGUGAAGUUGAGCGUUUUGCAGUUCUACAAGGUCGAUGAUUCAGGGAAGGUGCAGCGGUUGAGGAAAGAGUGCCCUAAUGCUGAGUGCGGAGCUGGAACGUUUAUGGCGAACCAUUUCGAUAGGCACUACUGUGGUAAGUGUGGACUUACCUAUGUUUACCAAAAGGCUUGAGUUUUAUUCAAUUAGAUAAGUAUCGAUCUUUCUUUUACAUGUUAUGUAUUUCUGUAGUUGAUCUGUUUCUAACCUUGAUUUUGGAGGUUUGUUUUUGAAUUCAGCAUCUUGAAUGCUUUACAUUUUGGGUUA